AGGAAGAAAAGGUCGAAUUGAAUAAAAAAGAAACCUACUGGGCAGCUGUAAGCUGUUACUGAUACACAUACUUUAUAUUUUCACCUGAAUGUUAUUUUACCAACAAAUAAUUUCUAAAAUGCUAAAAUAGAGAAGUUGUAUAAGUAUCCUCAGCCUGGUAGAAUGUUUUCCUGUUUUUCGUUCCUUAAAAGGGGAAUUGUUGGAGUAGCAUAAGUGAACAACCUGAUAAUUUAGCUGAUUUGUUUACAUUUAAUUUCAAAUUUUCCCGACCAUCGAGGCUGCUCCGGUCGUUUUAUGGGAAACAUCGUUCUACGGAGUCGUGCGCUGUCGAAUAUGAGUGACGUUGAGUUCGAGGAAGAUGUUGAUAUCGAGGAUGAUCUUUAUGAAAACGCGGAUGAAGCACUAAGCGAGCACCAUCUUGUGUCUAUUCUUCGGCAGCUGAUUAGUAGUGGUGAAAUUCAGAUCCUCAAUCAAGAUCACUACUAUUCGACGUCCCUGCCUGUUAUCAAAAGACGACCCAAUCUGGAACUACUUAAGAAAAGCGCCAUCUAUCAAAGUAUUAAGCAAGCCUCUGGUUAUGGAGCGGAUGCAAGCAGCCCAACAGAGAAGUUUUCGUUGAUGGAAAUGCUGGCAAAGCGCCAGAGUGGAUUUGGAACCAAGGGUGGCCCAUUCGCGUCGAGUGAUAAAUGCAAGAUAAAUAACCUGUACGUACCUAACCGUACUAAGCGAACGAUCUACGACUGCAACUCGAAGGUUUUCUGUGGGAGAUUUUCGCGUGAUGGUUCUCAAUUCAUCAGCGCCAGUCAGGAUUCCCAGAUUCGAGUGUUUGAUGCUACCAGCAGUCAAUAUCCGCUGAAAAGACAAAUCGAAGCGAAAAAUGUAUCGUGGUCAAUCUUGGAUAUUGAUUUUAGCCCGAAUGGAGAAUACUUUGUGUAUACGACUUGGGCAGAUGCAUUAUUCGUAUCACGGAUGCAUGAGAUGGCAACUGAUGACAUUCAUAGUUUGUUUCUUCAUUCGGAUAGCCAAAAGUUUGGUGUAUUCACUGUUGCUUAUUCCAAUUGUGGCAAACAAAUUCUAGCCGGCGCGAAUGAUGGUUGUUUAUACGCGUAUGAUCUAAUUGGGAACCGUCGUGUGUUAAAAGUGCCAGUUGCUGAAGACAAACAUGACGUCAAUGCGGUCGGGUUUGUAGAUGAAACGUCCAACAUUUUCUUCAGUGGAACCGAUAACGGGAUUAUCAAGGUGUGGGACCGUCGAUGCCUUAAUGAGGAUAACCCAGAACCCGCCGGUGUACUCGUUGGGCACUUCGAUGGCGUUACCUAUAUAGAUUCACGUAACGAUGGAAGGUACAUUAUUUCCAAUGCCAAAGACCAGAGUAUCAAACUGUGGGACUUGCGUGUGUUUUCGCCACCUGAAGCAGAAUCUAAAGCAAGGGAUUUCUUAAGUUAUGGAAAUUGGGAUUACCGGUGGGAUGAGGUACCGAAACGAUUUUAUAAUCCAGCCAAACCACUGGAAGGUGAUACCAGCGUUAUGACUUAUAGAGGACAUCGCGUGCAGAAGAGUUUGAUCAGAGCGAAAUUUUCACCAGCAGCCACGACUGGUCAACGUUUCAUCUAUACUGGUUGUGGAACAGGACGACUGAUCAUCUACGAUGCCCUAACAGGAAAAAUUGUGCAAGCAAUCGAGAGCCACAAGGAUGCCGUUCGGGAUGUCGCUUGGCAUCCUCAUCGAUCUGAAGUGCUUACUUGUUCGUGGGAUUACCAUGUGAACCUGCAGAUCUACCAAUGUGCUGAUAAUGUGGAAAAGAAGCCUUUUUCCAAAACACGUCGACUCGACUCUGAUGACGAUAGUGAAAACGAGAGUCCUCCUCUUCGACGAUCGCGUAGAAUAGCUGAACUGCGACGAGCCCAGGCCAAUUUCGAUUAAAAAGCAUCAGUGUACUGUCCAUAAUUGCGUAUCUGCUCCUAAAAGACAGACUCGGAAGCAACAACAAGGGAAUGCAACGGUAAAAGUGGACGGUAUACACAAUCAAAAUUAUUCAGUUAAACUCACUGGUAGUAAUAGCAACUAGUGUGGGUUUAUAUUAAAUACCGUUCUGCAGCAGCAUUUUAUUUUCUAGAGAGUGCAAAUACUUUGCACCUGUAAAAUGCGAACGGCUAUGUUUUUUCCUACUUUUCAGACUUAUUGGGCAAUAGUUCGUUUUGCCGGUGAUACCGUAGUCUUGUUCAAGAGAUUCUUAAAUUUUCAAAAAACUGUCUAUUGGUUUACAUGCAUGAUAGAAAGAGAAAUGUAAAAUAUAUAACCGGGGUUUGAUUUAUUUACAGUAAGUCUUUUUUUUUGGAAAUACAACAGGUUCAGAUAAAAACCCAUAUUUAAACUGGAUUAAAUUAUGCUAAGUAAGAACUACAACGCGUUAAACGGUAAGU